AUCCCAGUUUGCUGAACAGCACAAUAUUCUCAUUGAGAAAGAGCAGCGCGCACUGGGAGAUAUCCGAGAGGAAGAGAAGAGGAUUCUAAAUUCAAUGGAGAAAAAUCUUGGAGAGAUUCAAGAGAAUUUAAAAUAUACUCAGGAGAAAACUCUUAAACUUGCAGCAACAGAUGAAUCAAAAAGACAGUGUGGUGUUUCUGAAGGAGGAAGCUGGUCGCAAGCAAAGGGUUCGUGAUGAAGCCAAACCAAUGUCCGUGGUAGAUGAAGAAUUGCCGAUUGAAAAGUUGCAUUGCCCUGUUUCGUUCAACACGACAUUCAAAGAAAUAUCUGAUUGCAUCAAGCAAGUCUCCGUCACCCUGGAUGUGGAAACAGCGGGUCCUGUGCUCGAAGUAUCUGCGGAUCGGAAGAGGGUGAGAUGUACCGGGACCAAGAUGAGUCUCCCUGACACCGGGAAGAGGUUUACACACACUCCGUGUUUGCUGGGAUUGGAGGGAUUCACAUCGGGGAGACAUUCGUGGGCGGUGGAGGUUGCGGGGAAUCGGCGCUGGAGUCUGGGAGUCGCCGCUGAGUCUGUGGAGAGGAAGGGGGAGGUCACACUGACACCUGAGACUGGAGUCUGGAGCAUCGGGCGGUGGGAUGACAAGUUUGUUGCCCUCACCUCCCCUCCAUCCCCUCUCCACGCCGUUCCAUCCCCGGGAGGGUGGGAGUUUAUUUCAGUUACGUGUCUGGGAGAGUUUACGACGCGGACACCAAAUCCCAUCUCCACACCCUCACUGGGAAUAAAUUCACGGGAAAACUUUAUCCUUUCUUCGGGACGUGGGAUGGAAAACAUUGGCUGAGAAUGUGCUCCAGUUCCAAAACACAAUAGAAAAUAUGGGCAUGUGUAGGCCAUUUGGACCUUCGAGUCAGCACUGCCAUUCAAUGUGAUCUUGGUUGAUUAUCCCCAAUCAGUACCCCGUUCCUGACUUCUCAGUUGUAAGUUUCUAUAAGAUCCCCCCUCAAUCGUCUAAAUUCUAGCGAGUACAAUACAAGUCUAUCCAGUCUUUCUUUGUAUGAAAGUCCUGCCAUCCCAAGAAUCAGUCUGGUGAACCUUCUCUGUACUCCCUCUACGGUAAGAAUGUCUUUCCUCAGAUUAGGAGACCAAACCUGUACGUCAUACUCCAGGUGUGGUCUCACUAAGCCCCUGUACAACUGCAGUAGAACCUCCCUGCUCUUAUACUCAAAUCCUUUUGCCAUGAAUGCCAACGUACCAUUCACUUUUUUCACUGCCUGGUGCACCUGCAUGCCUACUUUCAAUAGUUGUUGUACCAUACCACCCAGGUCUCGUUGCAUCUCCCCAUUUCCUAAUCGGCCACCACUGAGAUAAUAAUCUACCUUCCUUUUCUUGCCACCAAAGUGGAUAACCUCACAUGCAUCUGCCCACUCACACAACCUAUGCAAGUCAACCUGCAGCCCCAUAACAUCCUCCUCGCAGCUCACACUGCCGCCCAGCUUUGUGUCAUCCGCAAACUUGGAGAUGUUACAUUACAUUCUCUCGUCAAAAAUAAUAUUGUAAAUUACUGGGGUCCCGCACUGAACAUUGCGACACCCCCUGAUUCAAUUGGUGACUGUAAAUUAUCCCUGCGAAAGUGGGUGGUUGGUGGAUAAAUGUAAAUUAAUGGGCAGGUGCAAAGGAAUAAGAGGCAGGUAUUGUAUUGGGGGUAGAGGAUUGAUGGGUUGUAAGAUUACCCUCACAACAUUUCAGAAGCAUUCAGAGAAGCUAUUGAAUUACCAAAGCAAAUAAAAACUGUACCGGGCAAAUGUCACGAUCAAAGUCGUGAUGAAACACAGUCAGUGACAUUAUAUAUUGAUCGUCACCUUUCAUUUCACAGGAACAGUCACACAGCCUUCAGUCCAAGAUCACAUCCCAGUUUGCUGAACAGCACAAUAUUCUCAUUGAGAAAGAGCAGCGCGCACUGGGAGAUAUCCGAGAGGAAGAGAAGAGGAUUCUAAAUUCAAUGGAGAAAAAUCUUGGAGAGAUUCAAGAGAAUUUAAAAUAUACUCAGGAGAAACUCUUAAACUUGCAGCAACAGAUGAAUGAAAAAGACAGUGUGGUGUUUCUGAAGGAGGAAGCUGGUCGCAAGCAAAGGGUUCGUGAUGAAGCCAAACCAAUGUCCGUGGUAGAUGAAGCCUUGCCGAUUGAAAAGUUGCAUUGCCCUGUUUCGUUCAACACGACAUUCAAAGAAAUAUCUGAUUGCAUCAAGCAAGUCUCCGUCACCCUGGAUGUGGAAACAGCGGGUCCUGUGCUCGAAGUAUCUGCGGAUCGGAAGAGGGUGAGAUGUACCGGGACCAAGAUGAGUCUCCCUGACACCGGGAAGAGGUUUACACACAGUCCGUGUUUGCUGGGAUUGGAGGGAUUCACAUCGGGGAGACAUUCGUGGGCGGUGGAGGUUGCGGGGAGUCGGCGCUGGAGUCUGGGAGUCGCCGCUGAGUCCGUGGAGAGGACGGGGGAGGUCACACUGACACCUGAGACUGGAGUCUGGAGUAUCGGGCGGUGGGAUGACAAGUUUGUUGCCCUCACCUCCCCUCCAUCCCCUCUCCACGCCCGUUCCAUCCCCGGGAGGGUGGGAGUUUAUUUCAGUUACGUGUCUGGGAGAGUUUCAUUUUCCGACGCGGACACCAAAUCCCAUCUCCACACCCUCACUGGGAAUAAAUUCACGGGAAAACUUUAUCCUUUCUUCGGGACGUGGGAUGGAAAACAUUGGCUGAGAAUGUGCUCCAGUUCCAAAACACAAUAG